AUGGACACGAGGAUUGACCAGGCGACGAUUAAGUAUCUUACCGAAGCAGUUGGUGAGCAGCUGUCCAAUGCAUUUGCAGAGGCAAUAUGCAGAAAGCCCAAAGACGCGAUCGAGUUCAUUGGCAACUACCUUGUAGAGGCGUCCAAAGAGUUUGAGGCACACCUUUCAUGA